AUGGGUGCUUCCUGCGAAGCGGGAGGUGGAGAGCCUGAGGUAGUUUUACUCCUCCUUGGUAUUCAGUAUAAUGAUCAAUUCGGGCCAGCCUAUUCAGAGUCUACAAAUAUGGAGCUGUUACCUCCCUUACAAGCGGCACCCUAUCUUACGAUCCUUUCGCUGAGUUGCAAAACAAGGGAAAUCAGUGAAUCAUUCUAA